AUGCAGCGAGGCCUACCUAUGCAACCGACUGUAAUCCUUCUCAAAGAAGGUACAGACACGUCUCAGGGCAAAGGUCAAUUGCUCUCCAAUAUCUCUGCAUGUCUGGCAGUGGCCGACACGCUCUCUUCUACUCUGGGGCCUCGUGGAAUGGACAAGCUGAUUGUAUCUGACCGAGGAGAGGCUGAAAUUACUAACGACGGAGCGACUAUUCUCAAAUUGCUGGACAUCGUACACCCGGCUGCUAAAACUCUCGUUGACAUUGCACGCGCCCAGGAUGCCGAAGUUGGUGAUGGAACUACUAGUGUCGUACUCUUAGCUGCUCAGAUCCUCAAAGAGUCGCGUUCAUAUAUUGAAGAGGGAGUGAGCCCACAUAUUAUUAUCAAGGGUUUGCGCAAAGCAGCACAAUUGGCUAUCGAUCGUAUCAAGGAAGUCCAAAUCGUGAUAGAUAAAUCGGACCCAGCUAAAUACGACGACCUCCUCAUCAAAUGUGCAUCAACCUCUAUGUCUUCUAAACUUAUUCACUCCCAAAAACCGUUCUUCUCUCGAAUGGUUGUCGAUGCUGUCAAAUGCUUGGACCAAAACGACCUUGAUGAGAGUCUUAUUGGUGUCAAAAAAGUCCCUGGCGGUGGUCUCCAAGAUUCUCUCCUCGUUCGCGGCGUAGCUUUCAAAAAGACCUUUACCUAUGCUGGCGCCGAACAGCAGCCAAAGAUGUUCGCGAACCCCAAGAUUGUUUGCCUUAAUGUCGAACUCGAGCUUAAAGCUGAAAAGGACAAUGCGGAAGUCCGGGUCGAAGCAGUAUCGGAUUAUCAAGCCAUCGUCGACGCCGAAUGGCAAAUUAUCUACGACAAACUGGACCGGAUCCACAAGACAGGAGCCCAGGUCGUUUUGUCUAAGCUUCCCAUCGGAGACUUGGCGACUCAGUGGUUUGCGGAUCGCGGAGUUUUCUGCGCGGGCCGUGUCCCUGCCGAUGAUCUCCGUCGCGUUACCCAGGCUGUUGGCGGCACAGUACAGAGCACCACUUCUGAUAUCCUUCCUGAAAACCUCGGGACUUGCGGAAAGUUUGAGGAGAAGCAAAUUGGGGGAGAGCGCUACAACAUUUUCGAAGAGUGUCCCAAGGCCAAAACAUGCACGCUAGUCCUUCGUGGUGGUGCAGAGCAAUUUAUCGAGGAAGUUGAACGUAGUCUGCACGAUGCAAUUAUGGUUGUCCGCCGUGCUGUCAAAAACAGUGAAAUUGUCGCUGGUGGAGGCGCUAUAGAGAUGGAACUGUCUGCGUACAUCCGAGACGUAUCCCGAUCCCUACCCAAUAAGCAUCAGCUCAUCCUUGCUGCUUUCGCACGCGCUCUCGAAAUUAUUCCGAGGCAAAUAUGUGAAAACGCUGGCCUCGACUCCACCGACGUAUUGAACAAGCUACGCAUGCGCCAUGCAACCGGACGUAAUUCCAAGGAUCAUCCUCAACUAAAUGAGAAUUUAUGGGCUGGUGUUGAUGUUGAUAGCGACGAGGGCGUACGAGACAACCUGGCUGGAUUCGUUUGGGAGCCUUCGUUGAUCAAAAUCAAUGCGAUUGGUAGUGCAUGCGAGGCAGCAUGUUUGAUCCUUAGUGUUGAUGAGACUGUUAAGAAUCCUCAGAGUGAACAACCAAAUCCUGGACCAAGGGCCCCACCAGGCGCAGCUCAGCGCGCGCUCCGUCCCCGUGGGCGGGGAGCGGGUCGUAGAUGA